AUGGUGGGUAUUCCUGCCGCCUACAGCCUUGCAGAGCGGAGCGUGGCUGGGGCCCAGGCGCAGGCCCAGGCCGGGCGGGCGAGGCCGCAGCAGGGGCAGCAGCUUGGGAAACGCCGGCCCGCGGCCCUACAGGCCCCGAGCGGCCGCCUGGGGGCCCGGGGGACCGAGGGGGCGCGGCGACCGGCUCGGGCGCGCGUCCGGCGCCCCUCCCCCCAGCCGCGGGCGUCAGCGCAACUUGCGGCCAAACUUUACCCCCCGCCUCCCGCGCUCGGAUGGCAGCCCGCUAAGUUGGCCGCAGCCCCCGGCCGAGCGGCGGCCAGGCCAGAGGGCGCCCCCUGCGCAGCCUGGGUGGAGCCAUGGCCCGCGGUCCCCCGCCGGGGCCCCAGGGCGGCGGGGCGCGAGUCCCCGGGGCCCCCGGCCCGCGCCUCUAGUGCGCCCCCUCGGCCCCAGGCCCGGCCCCGCGCACGCGUGGGAAAGUUGGCCUGGAACCGGCCCGACCAGUUACGCCCGGGCGCGCGGACCGGUCGCAGGAAGUUGCUGCAAAACUUUUUUGGGGGGUGCAGCUGGUGCCCCCCGCGCGCCGCUGCCGGAUGCGCCCCGGAUAGUGUUCCCGGGGCUGAGAGGAGUGCCCGGAGGGAGAAGCGCGGAGGGGGCGCCCCGGCCCCGCUGCCCUGAGGCUAUGGCCAUGGUGACCGGCGGCUGGG